AGGCGUGCUCGGCCCCACCUCCUCAGCCCUCCAGCUGUUAAAGCUCCCACCGAGGGUGAGCGCGGAGCUUCUGCUCUGCCGGGGUUGCGGAAGGUGCCUGUGUUACUGCUGCACUGGAAACUUGCCUCUUGCAGACGGAGCCUCCCUGUUGCCUUCACCAGGCAGGACCCAGAAAGCUUUGGGGAAACAUUUCUCAGAGAGGUUGUUCAAGAAGGCAAGAGGAUGACGACGUCACCUCCCCAAGGGUGCGGCAGCAUCCAUGCUGACUACUACCGGCUCUGUGACACAGAGAUGGCCUGGGGGAUUGUCCUGGAGUCUCUGGCUGCAGCAGGCAUCCUCAUCACCAUCUUCCUCAUCUGCUCGCUCUUUUUUCUCAUCUGCAAAGUCCAAGACAACAGCAAGCGGCACAUGAUCUCCGUCUAUUUUUUCUUUCUCUUAGGCACACUCGGCAUUUUUGGUCUCACUUUUGCCUUCAUCAUUAAACUCAAUGACAGGACUCGCCCCACUCGCUUCUUCCUAUUUGGAGUCAUCUUUGCUCUCUGCUUCUCAUGCCUCCUCACCCAUGCCUGCAACCUCAGCAAACUAGUGAGAGGAAGAAAGCCCUUCUCCUGGCGGGUGCUGCUGCUUCUCAUUGUUUCCUUUGCCCUGGUACAAGUUGUGAUCAGUAUUGAGUACUUAGUCACCAUGCUAGUAAACCAGAAAGAAAAUUUUCUGACUAUGUCUCGGGAGGAUACCAACAAGGACUUUGUCAUGCUUUUGAUCUACGUGCUCUUCUUGAUGGCUCUGACCUUCUUGGUUUCCAUGUUCACAUUCUGUGGGUCAUACAAAAGCUGGAAGAGGCAUGGGGCGCACAUCUUUGUCACUGUCCUGUUCUCCAUUGCCAUUUGGGUGGUGUGGAUCACUAUGCUCAUAAAAGGCAACACAGUUUUAAAAAAAGAAACCUGGGAUGAUCCUGUCGUGGCCAUUGCUCUGGUGUCCAAUGGCUGGAUUUUUCUGAUAAUGUAUAUCGUCCCUGAAAUUUGCUUCCUCACUGCUCCUCUGAAGGCAGAGGACUACCCUCCAGAAAAUGACUUCUGCCAACCUAAAUUCAUAAAGCAGGCAACUGGCGUGGACAACCGUGCCUACACCCAAGAUGAAAUUCUGCAAGGAAACACAGAAGACCCCAGCUACUCCCCAUACACUUCUCACUUUCAGAUGAAGGCCAUCAACCCCCAGAAUGAUUUCUCCAUCCCUCGCCCCAAGGCCCGGACGAGCCCAUACCAUGACUACACUGGUGGGAAAAGCCCCAUGUAGCAGCUCCACGGGGAGCAAAGAGACUGUGCCCACCAGCAAAGGCAUGGUGAGUGGGCCACGUGGUCACAAGUGAGAUGAUCCUUCAGAAGAGACGGUCAACCCACACCAGCAAAACAGGAAAGGAGUCCUCUUUCCCCCUCUUUCCCCCAUAGCCCCCUCUCAUUUUUCAAACACAGUUUUCAGACACUGCUCCGGCCAUCCUGUCCCUGCUCAUUCUGUGUUUCCGUGGAAUGGAGCUUCUCUCUUCUGACAGAGGAUCGUCCUGGCCUAUUUUCAGCAGGAAUGCUGCAAGGCUAGAGAAGCAGGAAGAUCAUCAGCUGGGUCUGUAACUGGCUCUGCCCCAGACAGGACUUGCUUUAAUCAGCUUGUGGGUAUGCCUGCACCCCACAUCUGACAGGAGUAGAGGCAGGACCAGGAGCAUCAGCCCUACACAUCCCCUAUUCCUGCCCCCACCAUGAAAACAUCUGAGGUACUACUGAGGACACCCUUAUCUAUCCACUGUUACUUUUGUGCCCACUCCCAGCCCUGCCUGGCUCUCCUCUAGAGAUCAGUAUAGAAGAGAUAGACAGAGAGAGAGAGUAUUCCUUUUUUCAUUUUCAUAAUUGCUUCCAACACCGUCUUCAUCAUCUAGGGACCAUGGUGGAGAGGGGGAAGAAAAUUUAAAGACAUAAAAAGAGCUACAGCUAUUUACCCUGACACAUUUUCCAGUUUGCACUUAAGCAUCAGCCUAACUCUGAUCCCUGACCACGUGACCCAGCCUCGUGCUCCCCACUCCCCAGGGGGAGCCCAACCCCGCAGACGAGGGGUUUGGGUCCCUUCUCACCCCUGCCACUCUAGGCUGUGGAUCCAUGAAGACAAAACUUCUUCCAUACAUCUCCUUGCAAUACCCUGGUGGGAUUUAAUCUUGGAGCUCUGCCUCCUUCUGAGUGUGUCCAUGGCAUUAACACAAACAUUUCCGAAGCAGCCAGGUUACAGAGGGCGGGCACCCUUCUUCCCAGGUGUGAGUGAGCAUGAGCAUGUGCACGUCUGUGUGUGUGUGUGUGUGUGUGUGCGUGCGUGCAUGUGUGUGGACUGCACCCUGAUGAUGAGCAAUGAGUCUGCAGAGUUGAAUCAUUCUGUAGCCUGGUUUGUGUUUGCUAAAUAGCUUUCCAUGAUAUUUCAUAUAUAACUACAGAGAGCUCUCCAAGUGGGUGUGUAUGGUACACUGGUGUCUGACACAGCUAUGUAUUUAUUUAGUACUUUGUAUGUGGAAUAUUUAAUUAAUAAAAACCCAAACAGCCUAUGAGAAA